AUGUGCCAUUCAGUUACCUGGUACUUUGCCAUAUGCCAGCACCAAGACCCGGAUGCAACAUCCCUGAUUGCGUGCCACGAAGCCUACAAAAAGGGUUACGAGUGUACCGAAGAGCACCAAGGCACAACCCCUCUCCCCCUUGAAGGGAGUUGUCUGCAAUGCAGACUUGAUCGGCUAAUGCUACGUCGAUCUACCUUCCGCGAAUUGCGGAGACAGGGUCGUUGGUCUGCAAUAUGCGACGCGCUCCAAUAUAACGACGAAGACAAUUGGAGCAUAAGCGAGAGCGAUGCUGAGGAACUUGAAAUGGAAACGCGGAACUCUCAGUCUCCUAGUUUGACUCGUAGGGCUGAGAGCCAGGAGACUCGUGCUUCAUUCCAUAUGGGUCCGUGCAUACCGACCCUAAUGCAAUCAUCCUCGCCUCACUUACCUCAUGUACCUGUAGUUGAAUAUGCUGAUGAUUCUGCAGGUCAUGAAGAGCAGUCUAGAUUCGAGCCUUUGCAGGACGACCUCCAGCGCCAGACGAAGCGAAGCUGGCGGUCUCGAAUUCCACUUCCUACUAGGCCGGUGCAUAACCAGCAGAAUCGUACAUAUCUGGCGUUUAUCGCCGAUGACAAUAUUUCAGUAAUAGAGCCUCUGCUUCGAACUUCUAAAAUGAAGAGAGAUCAUCGCACUUGGCGUUCUUGGAUUCCCCUUCCUGUUAGGAAGUUGUCAGGGCCAUAG